GCAGCACGUCUCGGCCACUCAUCCGCCCAAUCUCCACUCCAGUCUGAGCGGUUUGUCUGGAUGCAGCAGUGUGUCAACUGUGACACGAGCUCUGAACAGAUGGACCACCUACAUUUGAAGAUGAUGUGGAGUGUUGUGAUCCUGCUGGCCGCUGCCCUCAGUGUGGAGUCCUACACCGUCCAUGACCUUCAUGAGCGUUUGGCCCAUGGUCGCCAGCUGAAGAUCUAUCUGCCCAAAAGUGUGGAGAAGCUGGAGUUUAUCCCAGCUGAUGAGCCCGGCAAGACCUUUCUGUACUGGGAGAAGGGCAGACACAGGACAAACAAAGGCAGGGUGUCUGGCACUGGCAGUGACCGUCGCUGGUACAUUGACAAGGUGACUUAUGAGGACCAAGGGACAUACAUCCAAAGAGACUUCUGGAAUAAAGAGAUCUCCACUGUCAAAGUGGCCGUCACACCCAGACACAACUACCUGAAGUGUAUAGCAGGAGAGAGUCUUUACAUCUCCCUGGAGGGUCUUGACCUGGCUGAUGCUUUCCUAACAUUCUCUAAAGAGAGUGCCAACUUAACACUGGUGCGUGAUGGUGCUCGGGUGUCUCAGGACCUUCCGGAUUAUUGGGACCGGGUUCUGACCCACUCCAUGAACAUCGAGAUCAGGAAUGUGAACUUUAGUGAUGAGGGCUAUUACACCCUUAAAGACCGCAGGGACCGCGUGGUGUCUGUUACCAGGAUGGACCUGACAGACCAUCAUGAAGAAGGAAACCCUCUCUUGGCUCUGCUCUUACUGCUGGGCAUCCCGGCUGGGAUUUGCUGCUGCUGUCGGAAGAAGAUUUUCAAGAAGAAGGCCACCACUGCUGCGACGCUGCAGACUACACCAGAUGCAGUCCAUCCUCCUCCGAGUGGUCCCACUGGACCUUGUCCUCCCUACAGCUCUCCCGGACAACCAGGAGUGAUGUACUACCACGGCCCAGACCCUAACAUGGCUCCUACAGUCCAUCCUCCCCCUGCACCAACAGGCCCAGGACAGUGGAAUGGCCCCCCACCCUCCCCAGGUUUUAACCCAGCCUACCCACCCCAAAACCCUGCCUACCCUCCUGCCGGUCCAGCUAUGAUCCCUCCUGGCCAGCCUCCACAAUGGAACGGUCCACCACCAGGCCAGUACCCACCCGGGCCUGCAGCUCCAGUGGGCUAUGGUCCAGCUCCAGUCAUGUAUAGCGCUGCUCCACCACCAGCAGCCAGUGGACCUCCUGAGGAGGUUAAGAUGCAGAAUAUGGCUUCCUCACCUACCGACCCCUUGCUGUCCAACACACCACAGGAUGUAGCUGCGUCUUCUCCUGUGGCUCCUGUGGCUCCUGUGGUCCCCUCCAGCAUUCUCAGCUCUUCUGAUAGUGACUGCACGUUCAAGAUCGAAGGAGACAAAGGCACCUCCUUCCUGUAAGGAUGCGAUCUCUGGAGCAUCUUCCUCCCAGUCCUUCCUCACUUCGAUAUUACAUCUGUGACCAGGCGCAGGUGGAAACAAUGGACAGCAUUUGGACAGUAGACUCUUUUCUUUAUCUCCUUGCCUAGAUUAGUAUUUUAUCCCCUAUUUGAAUAUGGAAAUAAUGUUUUCAUAGUCUAAAUGAGCAGUGAUGUCUGGUAUAAAGUCUAGUGGCUCAGGCAGCUGAGUUUUGGCAGCAGGACUCAGUUAUUUGAGGAUCAAAUUUCCAGAGGUGAGAAGAUAAAGAAAGGUGUUUUCUUGAAGUGUUAGCAUGUGGAAUAGAAAUGUAAUAACUUCUGAAGGGUAAAUCUUAAAAACAGGGCUGGGUUCAGUUUAAGAGAUGUCAUAGCAAAUGAUUGUGGCUUUUAUCCACAGUUUCACUGAUUCCAGCCCCGUUUUUUUUUUUUUUUUUUCUUUGAUUACUUUCUGUUUCUCAUGAGCCAGAAAACCCCAGAAAUCAAAGAGAUUUACUCAAAAAUCAAAGUCUGGGAGCAACAAAAGGUAACAAACCAGUCCGCAGGGAAAAACCACUGACGGAAAAUCAGUCACUAGCAACAGCUAACAGACGUCUUGGAUGAGAAAUGUGUCACUGACAAAUAAGUUGCCUUGAGGUGUGUUCAGACCAAACAUUAGGGUGACCAGAUGUGACUGGGUGAAAUUCGGGACAGGAGAGUUGGGCGUGGCCUCCAGUACAUCAGUGUCAACCAACGGUAAAACACUUGAAAGUCAAAAUGCAACACUAAAAUUGUUUUUGUUUUUGUUUGUUCUUCCUGACUAUUUACGCACAGGUGACAGAUAUGUUACAGUUAUUUUAACGACUUUUACAGAAGCUAAGAUUGUCUUUAGGCUGUAGGAGCUUAUAAGUACAUUUUAAAAUAUUUUUAAUAAUUUUUUAUCUUCCCACAGUACACUCUCCAUCGUCUCGUUUAAAACUUUUCGAAUAACAUCAGCGAUCUGUUAUUUAUAUAGCCAAAUUCCGGCAAGAGGCAAAUGAAAACACACUAAUAAUACUCUUACGUAUUUUACAAAAACGAGCAGUACAUUUUUUUAAUAACUAAAAGCAGGAAUGACAGCCUACAUAACCAAUGUGAUCAAUUAAUUUUCACUGUUUCAGUGAGCAAAAAAGCUACUGAUCUAUUAUAUGUAGACUAAAUUAUAGUUUAAUGAAAGGAUUUUCUUGUUUGCAUAUAGAGUUGUCUUUACUUUGGUGACAGCAGUUUGUUGUGCAUUUCUCUGUUAUUAUUAAUUAUGCACAACAGUGCUGUGAAACACACAAUAUGUUAAGUGCAUUAUUUGCAAUAUUAUAAUAUAUCCCUCAUUUUCCCCAAUUGGAUUUUAAUUUCUGGAAAGUGUUUGGAGUCCAGACUGAUACAAAGAGCAAAACUGAAAUGUUGGGCUCACGUCAUCAGGAUGAUCUUACCAGACGAAGCUCUUAUCGUAUUAUCUACUACUGUAAUGCUUAAUGUGUGGGACAAACAGGACAGGAUUCGGGACAACUGUUCAUAAUUCGGGACUGUCUCAAAUUUCUCGGGACAUCUGGUCACCCUGCAACACUUGAAGAAAAUGUUUGUCUCUGGAUCUGACCAGAGGUUUCUAGCUAGUUAACAGUCAUUAACAGUUUGUGUAUAUAUGUGUGUAAGAUGUCUCAGAGUGAUUUCAAACUUAGCAUCAGCUAACUCAUUAACCUUGGGCAAACUUAGAUCCAUCCCUGUCCAUCUGUCCAUUAUAUUUUACCUGGAGCACCAGGUUUGCUCCGGGUGCCUUUGACUUGGUGCUGCUUAACACACAACAACCGAGAUGACUGAGAAUCUUCACAGACAAAAAUGUCAUACAACUUUUUGUAAGACUCUAUGUUGGCACCAGAUGAUACAGGAGCCACCUUAAGGUCCUCGACAAAUCACAAUCUCUGAGAUAACCACCUGGUCCAUUAUUCCUGGUUGGUGAUCUAGCCUUAGCCAUGGGUCUGGAGUUAGGUUGUGGUCUCAAAUUCAGCAAUACCAGUUGGGUUCAGCGGGUUAGGGUCUUGAAGGUAUACUAUGCAGGAUUGUUGGUUACUAUUUGUUAACAUGCUCCAAUAAGAGUCACUCUCAUUAUUUUUUUUUCCUGCUAAGUAAGCGUUUUUCUGGCACUUUGUCUCCUGGAUGCCUGCUGCUUACGGUCUUCGCACCUGUCCACUACCUUUUUAUAAGCCCCGACUUCACCUGAGCGCUGUGGGCUUACAGGUCUACAAAAAUCCCCAGCACAGAAAAUAAAGAUGCGAGCAUAGGGCAGAGUCUUUGUAGAGAGUUACACUGCCACACACUUCUAGUGGGCCAUAUAAGUGAUGAUUGAGAGGGAUUACUUCUGUAUGACCAUGACCAUGAGCUCUGAGUAGUGACCGAAAGAAUGAGAUCACAGAUACAAGCAAUCGAAAUGAGUUUCAUCCGUUGGGUGUCUGGGCUCAGCCUUAGAGAUAGGGUAAAGAGCUCGGACAUCAGGAGGGAGCUCAGAGUAGAGCUGCUGCUCCUUCGUGUCGAAAGGAGACAGUUGAGUUGGUCCGGGCACCUGAUCCUGGGAGCCUUCCGUUAGAGGUGGUCCGGGCACGUCCAACUGGUAGGAGGCCCUGGGGUAGACCCAGAACACGCUGGAGGGAUUACAUAUCUCAUCUGGCCUGGGAACGCUUUGGAGUUCCCCAGGAGGAGCUGGAAAACAUCUGGGGUGCUUUGCUUGGCCUGCUGCCCCCACGCCCCGAUUUCCGACUUCUGUAUGAGUCUAUACUUUUUUUUAAGGGAAAAUCCUGCUUAGUAUAUCUGUAAAGACUCAGGUAUGGCCUUGCUAUCUGAAACAGAAUUCUCAAAUUAUGAUGUCUGCUCAUUUUCUGAUGAGGAGAGUUGACUGAAACAGAAUUUCUAAAACAAUAGCUACCUCAUUUUGGGAUUCUGUGCCUCUUCAUAGGUCAACAUUAUCAAGUUUGUAUUGAAUUUUUAUUGAAUAUUCGAUUGUAUGAAUUUGUGUGUCAAAGUCAAAUUGAAAUCACCACAGACCCCCUGAAUCCUCAGAUGGUAAUUAUUCCAUUCAAAUGACCUGGUCUGGUUUGAGGUCCAGCUGUUGUAAAUCCUAACUAUACCGUAAGAAUGCUACCAGUAGAACCACUCUGACUGCCUUUGAGGGCGGCUUCAUGCGUCCUUACUAUUACAGCUAAAAACAUAUCACUCAUUAUCCAUUCAGAGCCUGUGUCCCAGCCUUCUGUCACCAAGCCACAGUCAAGCAGGAAGUAGCAGCAUUUAUAUAAAGUAAACCUGUGUGACAGUGUAGCAGCGUAGUGUUUGUCAGUUAUUGCCUUCACUUCUGUCAUAAACAUGUAGGUAAGCAAAAAAAUGCUAACUAAUACAGACCAAGUGCCACCGCACCAACACGUUUUCAGCUCUGGUGCUUUGUUAUUCUUCGGAGUGUCACUGUGUCCCUCCUGUUAUCCAAGACGGAGGUCAGAAAUCUUCCUACGCAUCUAGAACGUUCAACUUUAAAACCACUAAUAGGCCUUUGUGGAACUGUAAACAGCAUCAUUUGAUUCUGGAGGUGUUUAAAUACAGUGAUUCUUGAUAUAUUGAUGGUCUAAUGUUGGCUGAAUUCCAUUUAGGUUCUGCCUUUGAUGUCCAGGCUACAAGGUUUUUGGAGUUACAUGUUAAACUGGGACAAACUUUUUACCUUUGUCUCUUAGAUCUGAUGUUCCUCACAUGUUGCAAUGGUGAGAUGAGCUGUGGUUCACAUAAUGUUGAGUAUGUGAUUGUUUUUAUUGUUUUUUUUGGAAAUGUAACCAAUGAUAUUCACAAAUUGUAUAUGUAGUUUAUUGUAAUGGGUGUUAAUUGUAGUUGGAGACACGGUCAAAAUGACUCAGUUUUUGUGAUAUUUUGGAAUCUGUCAGUUCCACCCACCACUAUGCCAAUGAACAAAGGUUUCCUACCUCUCAUUUUGUAUCUCAAAUGAUACAGCAUACAUACUGUAUAUGGAUGAGCAACUCUGUGUCAAUGAAACUACGCAUGAAUAUGAAA